AUGGCAGUAUCCAGCAUCCCCCCGGGUCAGAUCCCGAAUGCGACACCUGACCAGCUAUCGCCCAUCCUCUUACGUCUUCUAGAAUGUCCUAAAGAGCUUCUGCCUGAUCUUGCGUCGCAAUCGGCAGCUGCCAUCGCUGACCUGCCAGAAGACGCUCGACCGGAGUCAUAUGAAGGUCUGCUCGAUGUCGCCCGCUUCUGUGUUGAAGACGAGCCAGGAUGGGAGGUAGGACGGUGUGCCAAGUUCAUCGGCGGACACCCAAGGAUCGGCGCACCACUCAAUGCGCCAACUUCAGAGCUUAGCGAAGAGAGCCGAAAGGAGCAGAUGAAGGGAGGUCAGGUCGACCCUGCUACUCUCGAAAAGCUGGCAAGAUUGAAUGCGAUAUAUGAGGCUAAAUACCCUGGACUCCGCUUCGUGACCUACGUCGCAGGUCGAUCAAGAGCCGCAGUAGCAGAAGAACUUGCAUCUCUCCUGGGCGACAAGACCGCCAACCUCAAAUCAGCCUCGGAUCUGCCCAAGGGCGACGUGUGCGCUGAAGGCACCGACGAGUGGCAAGCAGAACUUGAUCGUGCCUCCGAAGCACUUUGGGAGAUCGCAGUCGACCGUGCAGACAAGCUGAAAACGGAGGCUGAAAGCAAGGGCGAUACCGACAAGAUUACCAAGCCUAGCAACGAAGGUGGUGAGGACUCAAAAGGAGGGGCUGCAGCAGCUGCAGCGUCCAAGGAGGUCAAAGACAGCAAAACUCCGUCAGAUACCAUCGGCCAAGAUGUGCCGUUCUUAUCGCUCGCCUCUUUCCGCAUGCUCGUUCUUUCUUCACCCGUGCUCGAAUCCUUCUUCAAAUCCGACCUCACCGAAUCCUUCUACCUCGAACCUGUCGAACGAUCCCAGAGCGGAGGCGCUUACGCAUGGCACACCGCGCCCAGUCUGCCAGGCGCACCAAGAGCAGUACCCGGAGCAAGUAAGGAGAACAGCUGGGCAACAAGCGAAGCCACCUAUAGUCGUGAUGUCACCACUGGUGCACGAGGCAAGGUUGUUGGCUUCCUUGGCAACCUAUUGGGUGAGGAGGGUAAAGCAAAGAUGAACCAGCUGGCAGAUCAAGUCGGGCAGAGGCUGCAGACGCAUACUGUGACAGGACCAAGGCCGUCAUUUGGCAGGAAUUCGACGUUGGAUGGAGGCAAGAUGGACACGCAGGAGCUGAGGGAGAAGGAGGCAGAGGAGAGAAGGAAGGCCGCGGAAGAGCGCAAGUCAACACUGGGCAAUCGUCUUUUUAAUGCAUUGCGGGCGCCAGCACGUACCCAAUCAACACAGGAUCUCAAGGCUGCAGCAGGUGCAACACCGACGUCGGCCACCUCACCAUCAGGGUCACAGGAAGAACGAGGACGAACGUUGGAAAAGCAAUCAUCACAGACAUCAAAAGUGGACAAGAGGAUCAGUCUUCGUGGAAGCGACUUGUCGACAGCAGGCCCGAAGGCAGCGGCAGAAGCGCUACGUGCAGCACAGGAAGCGCUCUUGCAAGAACGAUCCGCAUUCGUUAUCGACGAGGUGGGCGAGGAUGAGGGAGAUGAUGGCGCAGAGGGUGCCGCUGAAGUUGAAGAUCUGAGCGAUGUGGUCGAUGAGGCGACACAGGGAGGACAGAGAGCUGAAGGUUUGUUGAGCGGAAAGGAAGCUCAGAUGGCCAAGGAGCUUCGGUCUGCUCCCGCGCAAUGA